AUGAGUCGAGGGAAUGUAACCAAACGCGAGUUAUGCGUGAAACGUAUGCGGGAGAUUCAUGAGCUGUCGAUGCUCGCCGCGGACAAUGUAAAUCAGAGAUCGAACUUUCGCGUGCGAUAUCCCAUCGUGACCAAAUUGGUCGAGGACUUUGAGGCAGCCCACCUCAAGAUAAUACAAGACGCCUCAGAUGAAGAGUUCGAAACGGAGGAUUCGAUUCGCCGGGACUUUGACGAGAUGCGCUUCGCGGUAAUCGGGCGUUACGAGAGAUUUGUGGGCGCCGACCGAGCAGCCGCUCCGGCCCCGCAGGCCCCGGCCCAGACGUCAUCGGUCAAAUUGCCCAAGAUCUCCCUUCCGCAAUUUUCGGGAGAUCUCACGCUUUGGCCCUCGUUCAUCGCGUUAUACAACAUCUCUAUUCACGAGAACCGGAACGUCCCUACCAUAGAGAAGUAUCAAUAUCUGAUAUCCUGCUUGAAAGGAGAAGCGCUGAACGUCGUCAAGAACAUCCCUCUCUCCACCGAUAACUACGCGAUAGCUUAUGACGCCUUGAUUUCGCGAUAUCAAAACAAACGAGACUUGGCGGAUUAUCACGUGGACUUGAUGCUGAAAGCUCAGCCGUUGAAGUCGGAGUCGGCCGUCCCCCUGCGCACGCUGUUGAGCACCUUCACCGAAAACACGCGAGCAUUGAAUCUAUUAGGAUUUCCUACAGACGCUUGGGAUUAUCUCCUUCUUAAAUUCUUGCUGGAGAAGCUCCCUCGCUCGCUCCGCGAGAAGUUCGAAUCUGCACCCCGGUCGGAGGAAAUACCGAAAUUCACGCAGCUCACAAAGUUCCUCUCUGAUCACUGCCGGGUUCUCGCGUCGGUAUCGGGCUCACAAAAUACGUCGCAAAAGUCUCAGUCGACUUCGUCAAAGAAUUCCGCGUCGGCUUCGUCGCUCGCAACUCGAACCGCCGAGUGUCCGGUAUGUAAAGAACAACACCCUGUUGCAAAAUGUUCUCGGUUCUUAAAGUUAGCACCCCGAGAGAGGCAUUCGACGGCUAAAGCUUCGAACUUGUGCUAUAACUGCCUCCGCGCGGGCCACGGCGUUAAUGACUGUCCAUCGUCGUGGACGUGUCGGUCGUGUAAGGCCAAACAUCACACGCUCCUGCAUUUUGAGCAGAACUCGGGCUCGGCGAAUGCACCCACAGACGCCGAACCACCCUCCGAAUCGGGGACAACGUCAUCGCAGGGAAGCGAACCCCUCGUUAGCAUGGCUAGUGUCGCGCGGUCGAACCCGAUCGUAUUGUUGUCGACGGUACAAGCCGAAGCGCUCGACGCACACGGAAAUCCCUUCCCCGUUCGUAUUCUGUUGGAUAGCGCGAGCCAGCUAAACUUUAUCUCCGAAAGUUGCAUGCAGAGGGGUGGUUUCGGACGAACCAAGUGCCAUACGGUAGUUCUCGCGGUAAAUGAUACAAGGGCGGCUGCAACUCGAGGCCGCACCUCACUCGUAAUACAAGCACAGGGCAGGGAAAGCACGCGCACCCCGGUAGAGGCUACGAUUCUUCCGCGCAUCUCCGCCCCGUUACCUAGCAGUCAGGUCGAGCGAAGAGCGUGGAAACAUUUGAACGGAUUGCGGCUAGCUGAUCCGCGGUAUCACCGACCCGGUCCCAUCGACAUCCUGAUCGGCGCAGAAAUCUUCGCGUCGCUACUUCGGGAUGGCCGUCGCGUGGGAAAGAAGGGCGAACCAGACGCCUUCAAUUCCGUCUUCGGCUGGGUUCUCGUCGGUUCGGUAUCGACGCAGGCGCCGGGAUCCACACAUUCGUUUAUGACUCUCGAUUCGUUGGACGCAUCUCUUAGUCGAUUUUGGCAACUAGACGAGAUUCCAUCGGUCCCACCGUAUUCGCAGGAGGAUAAACGUUGCGAGGAAUUAUUCGCUCAGACCACGCGUCGGGACGCGUCCGGUCGUUUUGUCGUAUCGUAUCCCUUCAAAAGGGAUAAACCUUGUUUUGUCGGCACGCGUCAAAUAGCCCUAAAUAGAUUUCGCGCACUUGAGCGUCGCUUUAAAUUAGAUGCAGAGUUUAAAUUGAACUAUAACAAAUUCAUGCAGGAUUAUUUGAAUAACGGUUAUAUGAAACUGAUUGAACGGCCGUUCCCGGUGGACGGACCUGUAUUCUAUUUGCCCCAUCAUGGGGUAGUCAAAUCGGAUAGCACUACCACAAAAUUGCGGGUCGUAUUUGACGCCUCGGCGAAGGAUUUGAACGGCGUUUCGUUGAACGACGUAUUGCGAUCCGGGCCUAAGUUACAGACGGAUAUAGUCGUGAUAUUGUUGAGGUUCCGGGUAGGCCGCGUGGCGCUCACUGCGGACGUCAGACAAAUGUUCCUUCGGAUCUUGGUCGAGCGCGGUCAAUGUGACUACCAGAGAAUAGUCUGGCGUUUCUCGGAGAAUGAUCCGAUAUUAGACUACUUGAUGUUGACCGUCACUUUUGGAUUGACGUGUUCUCCGUUCCUGGCAAUCGUCUGCUUGUUGAAAUUGGCAACGGAAGGCAAAGUGAGCUACCCUCUGGCCGCGGCGGUCUUGGAGGAGAGCGUCUAUGUCGACGACGUGGUGGCGAGCGUCGAAUCUGAGGGGGAAACCCGUGAGCUUCAGCGGCAGCUACAAGCUUUGCUUGAAGCCGCGAGUUUCGGGCUCAGGAAAUGGGCCAGCAGCCAUCCGUCAGUCUUAGCAGGUCUCGAUCCGGAGCUUUGCAGUCAAUCAUUGCUAUCGUUUGAAUCCUCGGAAGAUCAGUUUCUCAAAGUUCUCGGACUUCGUUGGUAUCCUCAAACGGACGACUUCGGCUUUCAGGUCUACCCGUUGGACAGAGAUUAUGUUUAA